AUGGUGAUCACUGUGCUCGUGAUGUUCGGUCAAGUGGUGUUGGAGAUCGGUGUGCCCUUUUCGAAUAUUCUUCGACUUAUCAAUCUGGUGCUACUGCCAUUCGCCCUUUACUUGGCUUGGCGCUUCCGGUCCCAACUCGAAAGCAACAUCCCCUUCAUCUGGCAUGAUGCCCACGCAAGCAACUUGCUUCU